CAUGGUGAUGAGCUUUAGGGUCUCCGAGCUCCAGGUGCUGCUCGGUUUCGCCGGCCGGAACAAAAGCGGCCGGAAGCAUGAGCUCCUCACCAAGGCCCUCCAGCUGCUGAAGUCGGGUUGCAGCCCCGCGGUUCAGAUGAAAAUCAAGGAGCUCUACCGGCGACGCUUCCCCCGGAAGAUCCUCACCCCGUCGGACCUGUCCAUGCUCCACCUCCAGGCCGGGCAGCUGCCCUCGGCCACGGCCCUCACCCAGGGGGCCAUGUGCCACUUGCCCUACGACAACGGCUCCGUGGCCUCGGCCGUGCCGGCGGGGAUGCUUCCCCCGGUGCCGAUGUUGGGACCCAAACACGAGGCGGACGUCCCGCACCUCUCGCCGCCCAUCCACCCGGUCCAUCCGGAUGUGAAGAUGAGGCGGCUGCCUUUCUACGACGUCUACGACGAGCUCAUCAAGCCGACCACCCUCGCUUCCGUGAAUAGCCAGCGGUUUGAGGAGGCCCACUUUACUUUUGCCCUGACCCCUCAGCAAGUGCAACAGAUCCUCACCUCUCGUGACAUCUUACCGGGUGCUAAAUGUGAUUAUACCGUACAGGUACAAUUGAGGUUUUGUUUGUGCGAAACCAGCUGUCCUCAAGAGGAUUACUUUCCCCCCAACUUGUUUGUCAAAAUCAACGGCAAACUCUGCCCUCUUCCGGGUUACCUUCCGCCCACAAAAAACGGUGCAGAGCCCAAGCGGCCGAGUCGACCCAUCAACAUCACCCCCCUGGUGCGGCUUUCGGCGACCGUCCCCAACACCAUUGUGGUCAACUGGUCCUCGGAGUUUGGCCGAAAUUACUCCCUGUCCGUUUACUUGGUGAAACAGUUGACGUCCGUUACCCUGUUGCAGAAGCUGAGAGCCAAAGGCAUCCGAAACCCAGACCACUCGCGGGCCUUGAUCAAAGAAAAACUGACCGCUGAUCCUGACAGCGAGAUUGCGACGACAAGCUUACGAGUUUCUCUCAUGUGCCCGCUCGGCAAGAUGCGGCUGAUUGUUCCCUGCCGGGCUUUCACCUGCACUCACCUCCAGUGCUUCGACGCGGCCCUUUACCUGCAGAUGAACGAGAAGAAGCCCACCUGGACUUGCCCUGUUUGCGACAAGAAGGCCCCCUACGAGGCGCUGAUCAUUGAUGGGCUGUUCAUGGAAAUCCUCAACUCCGUCACCGACUGCGACGAGAUCCAGUUUAUGGAAGACGGCUCCUGGUGUCCUAUGAAGCCCAAGAGAGAAAACCCGGAGGUCUGCCAGCCAUCUGCCUACAACGGGCUGGAAGCUUCCCUCUACACCGUCGGAGCCGAUGGGAAGCCGGGAGGGGCUGAAGGCAAGAAGAAAGUGGAGGUCAUAGACCUGACCAUUGACAGUUCGUCCGAGGACGAGGAGCCCCCCGCCAAGAAGCAGUGCCCGGUCACCACGGCCGCCAUCCCGUCGGCAGCUGGACCAAAGGGGGUUCUGAGCGCCGACCACCAGCCGUCCUCGGUGCUGCGGAGCCCCCCGAUGGCGGCCGUGGGCAGCGACUACCUCUCCAGCCUCCCGAUGCCCGACUAUCAUCCUUCGUACCAGGUGCCCUCCGACAUUCAAGGUCUGGAUCUGUUCCCCUUCCUUUCGAGUGAAAAUCAGCAUUACAGCCCCUCCGUCAUCACCUCCCUGGAGGAGCAAGACACACUCAGCCACUUCUUCCAGUAUCGGGGCACCUCCCCGCACUUCAUGAACCCCCUCGCGCCGGUGGUAGUGGCGGCGGCAGCCUCCCAUGGCACCGUCGGCUCCCCGACCAGCAGCCGCGUCAACGGCGUGGUGUCUUCCCCCCCGGCGACCUUGCGGGAGAGCCACACGCACGGGGGCGCCAUGAGCAGCAACCCGGGGCUGCCGGGCUGCCGGCCGGAUAUCAUCUCUUUAGACUAGACCGGGGAUGCCAGGGCAGAUGUUUUGCACCCAUUUCGUCCCCCCUCCGCCGUUGAGUGAAAGGACAGUCAUGAGCAAAGGACAGCUCUCCGCUUUUUCAGCACGUCGGAUUCCUGCGGGCAGCUUGGAAGGAGGAGGUGUUUGGUGUUUGGGAAUCCAGGCUGAGCUUUUAGUCGGCGUUCCCGCUGUCCUGGGCUCAUGGCAGCUGAGUUUUGCCCUCGUAGGAGGCUGGACAUGCUUCCUAGCAAGCGCCCAACAUUCGGCAAAAGCCCAAACAGCACCAGGACGGCCGGAAUGGAUGGUCACGGGGAUGGAGAGGCGUCGUCUCCUUGGUUUGGCACCAGACUGUGGGUGCAGAGUGAGUCAACGUUGUACUUCUUCGUGUAAUCGUUAUCAAUUGCAGAGUUGUACCUUUUUCGGGUAUCAAAUCUGGGGUGGAGGGGGAGAUAGGGUCGGACCCGGUUCAUCUGGACUCUUCGGCCGAGAGCAACGUCAAGCGCUGCGACUUUAGCCACGGAUGGUUAAAACCCGCAAUGCUUCCAGAUGACAAGGUUGGUGGUAUCGGACCAAUUCAGACCAAACCAGGGUGAAAAUGCUGCAGGUCUUCAAGCUACACAGAACUCUGGGGCGGGAGAGGCGCCUGCUGAAGGUCGAGUCAGGGGAACUUGGACCUCCCAACGAAGGCUUGUCUCCUUCCUCCUUCUCAGAAAGACUUUUAAGGCUUCUGCUUUGUUGGCAGGCGUGGGUUAAAGAUCCAGUUUUAAGUAUGUGAGAAACAGUCUCCCCGAACAAACAGAAGCAGCCGUGAUUCUUGGCAACCCCCGAACCUCUCUCUCCUCUGUCCCACCCACCUUGGUGACAAGGACGCUCUCCGAAAUCCACGAGGGCAGAGGUUUUUUUCCAGACCAGGGUCAGAAGGGCGCUUCGGCUGUGCGAACCAGGACGCGUCCAACCUGCAGCCAACCUGCAGGUCAGGCAGAGUGACGAGGGGUCCCUGGCGGCAUGCCGAGAGGGGAGGAAGCAGGUGCCGUGGCCUGCGUGGCACACGUGUUCAAGGCAAGGUUCUCCGGCGCCAACCACAGUUCUUGGAGGAGGCCCCAGUCUGUGUCGGGUUUGCUCGUUGCAACAUCGCCCCUCAGCCAAGAUGCUCCCUGCUAACGGCAAACCUCGAAAUGCGGAAUUUCGGAUUUUUCUGCAUCUCAAACCCUGCGCCGGGCAGCACCGCCGAAGCCUAUGGAGAUCAGGUGUAGCCUGUCUUGGUCCCAGUUGCCUAAAAACAACAGCCUGCUCUUUCCUCUCCAGAGU